CUGCGGAGAGGCGCUCCAGCCUCGUCUUCCGGUACUUGGAACGCGUGUUGCGCGCAGAGCCAACAGGUCUGGAGACUGGAGCAGGGGUGGGGAGGAGGCGAUCGCUCAUCCCCGGAGUGGGCGAACGCGCGUGGGGGGGAGCUACGCAUUAACCCACCACUUCCAGACGCCGUUACUUCGUCUCAUUCUCUCCGCCGCCUCGUGUCUCCAGGACGAGCUGGAGCCCGCGGUGACGCGUGACGCGUAGCGGGGCGCAGCGACUUUCAACAGGUACAAUGCCCCAGUCUGCAGACAUGAUCAACCUGGGCUUCUUGUCCGACGCGGAGCGGGAGCUGAUCCUGCAGGUGCUGCAGCGGGACGAGGAGCUGAGGCAGACCGAGGAGCAGCGCGUGCGGAGGCUGAAGACGGAGCUGCUGGAUGUGAAGAAGAAGGCAGCCAAGCGCGCCAGCGGGAACUACAGCCAGCGAAGCUGCGGCCGGUGCCUGGAGCCUCUGAACCGCCUCAGUCUGAGCCUUUUCUCCGAGUCUUUCCAGUGUAAAGUGUGCAAACACCACGUGUGCCGCAAAUGCCAGACGGUGCUGCCCAAUGGAUCCUGGGUGUGCAACGUGUGCGCCAAAGAGUCGGAUUUAAAGAAAAGGACGGGCGACUGGUUCUACGAUCAAAGGAUCAACCGCUUCUCCACAACGCCCGGGCACGACCUCGUCAAGGUCUCUCUGAAAAAGAAGCAGCCUUUGAAGAAGCGUGAGACGGCGGGAGAAGUGCUGCUGAGGAGCGCUGAAGUAAACCCGGACGCCCCCACUCCGGUGCCCCGGCCCAGGCAGAAGAACCAGGCGGCUGAUAAAGGCGGAUCGAGCGCUUCCGGCUCUGUUGCUUCUGGGGAGUCACUGGACUCGAAGCAGGAAGUUUGGCCGAAGCCAAACAGAGAUACGGAGUCUGUGGGAAAGGCCAGCAGAAGCAGCAGUAAAGCCGAGACGGACCCUGCAGAACCCGAGCAAGCGAGGAGCAGAACCCACUCGGCUCGGUCCAACGUUUCCAGUUUGGCCAUCCCAGUCAACGUCAUUGUAGCUGGUUCUGACUGCGGCGACUCCGAAGCCAAUCCUGUGCCCGAGGAGCAGCCGGCCGGUCUGAGCCCCGAGGCGCUGGAGGUCAACAGGCUCUUCAAGAAGAGCGUGAAGCGCAGCGCCAGGCCUCCAGAACACGUGUCCACGCUGGACCUGCGCGUCGGCUCCGACAAACUGGAGGCCUCGAUGGGCAACAGGAGCCGAUCGGUCCCGGGCUUAGACUUAAAGGAAAACGAGGAGGAGGAUGAAGACAUCGACAGCUUGGUUAGAUUUCAUAAGAGGACGAUGGCAGGAGACUCCAAGAGAGCACUCGGCAGCAUGAUGAGCAUCUACAGCGAGGCCGGAGACUUCGACAGCGUGGAGGUGAGCGGCGAGGUGGUCUUCACCGUCAGCUACGACGAGCACGCGCAGAGCCUCCACGUCCUGGUCAAGGAGUGCCGCGAGCUGGCCUACGGCGACGCGGCGCGGCGCAUCACCAACCCCUAUGUCAAAUGCUACCUGCUCCCCGACAAAUCCCGGCAGAGCAAGAAGAAGACGAGCAUCAAGAGGCGCACCAUCAACCCCGUCUACAACGAGACGCUGAAGUACUCCAUCAGCCGCUCUCAGCUCUUCACCCGCUCACUGUUGAUAUCGGUGUGGCAUCAUGGUCGCCUCAGCCGCAACGCCUUCCUAGGGGAGGCAGAGGUGGCUCUGGACUGCCAGGACCUCGACUCCCCCACGGAGGACUGUGUUGUUCUCAUGGCGAAGUCGGCAUCAGCGCCCGCUUCUGCUCAGUACAAGGGCGAGCUGGUGAUCUCCCUGAAGUACAUCCCACCUAAAAAGCCAGAGAGUGAAAAGAGCAAAGGCAAAAAGGCGGCGACAGGACAAGGGGGGGAGCUACACGUGCUGAUUAAGGAGGCAAAGAAUCUGACGGCCAUGAAAACCGGAGGCACGUCGGAUAGUUUUGUGAAGGGGUACUUGUUCCCAAAAAGCACCAAGCAGAAGACUCCGGUCGUGAAGAAGAACCUGAACCCCCACUACGAUCACACGUUUGUGUACAAAGAUCUGUCCCAGGAGCAGCUGAAGGAGAUGUGCCUGGAGCUGACGGUGUGGGACAGGGAGGCCAUGUCCAGCAACGAGUUCCUGGGAGGGGUGCGCCUCAGCUGUGGAGCGGGCGCUGUUCAGAAAGGGAAGGAGGAAGUAGACAUGGACUCGGCAGGAGAGGAGGUGAGCCUGUGGGAGAAGAUGAUGCAGUACCCGGACUCGUGGGCAGAGGGCACUCUUCCCCUGCGUGCCACUAUGGGGAAGGGCAAAUGAGGACAGGGGCACAAAGGACAUUAACUCGGUAAGAAGCUGCGGAGUCGGAGACAACGGAGAUUAAUCUAGUUUAUUAUAUCGGCUCGACACCGUCCUCCCUGUAGGGAUCAUCUUCGGCGCCGCUCCCUCCUGACUGUACACUGGUGUUACAGUGGAAAACGUGCCAAGGCAUCACAACACUAUAUUUUUAUAUGUUACAAAAUAUAUAUAUAUCAUUACAAGUGAGAGUCAUGCAUAGCACUUAGCACACGGACUGUGUCAUAAUGUGUACAGAAUUAUUAUUAUACAGAAUAUCUGGUGUUUUCCAACAGCUUGCUGUUUUCCAUUAUACUGUCUGUUUAAGUUGAAUAAAAAAAAGAA